AGGAGGGCUAGUGUCAAGAAUACGGGUGUCCUGAUAAUAAAAAACAUUUAGUGAAGAACCCUUCGUAAAUUAGGCCAGCUAUGUAAAGGUACCAUCUACAUAAAUGUCAGAAGCCUAUGACUUUUUAACCAGUAGCCUAUUACUGUGAGUAUAUCGACAGGAGAACUAGCAGUGUGAACUUGGUGUCAAAGAAGCCAAUCACAAAUAUUCAGACAUGCCUGUAACCGUUGAUAAACCGUUGAUAAAUUAUCUUAAGGUAACCUGUUCAACCAAUGUUUUAGCAAUGGCAAUGAUUCAAAUGGCCGUCUAACCAGCGGGUAACAUAAUAUUUGUGAAGACUAUUUCAUACAAAUGUGAGCACAACUCAGUAGCAGGCGCCUCCGUAAACUAAAUGACUGAAUAUCUGCGCUCCUUGUUUCGACGUGUCCAUGCGGUCACGCCUUCCGUGAUACAAUUCAGGUGAUCCAAUGGCUGUGCGAACCGCCGCUAGUCGCCCCCAGCGCUGCGGUAGUCCUUCACCGCUCUGUGAUGUCUCUCUCAUCGCCGACCCAACGUCACGUCCGCACUUGAACUUAAAUUUCAUCCCAUUUUUCAGAGGCAACCCCUGCCACACACGCGCGGGGUACUUCCAGAGAGACAGGACUCGUCACGCCUAAUGCGAAGAACUAAAGAAAUAGUGGACCUUGACAGAGUUGGAGAGGAGGUGGUGUCUUAAUUGUCGCCGGUCUCUUGUCGGAGUCUGCACGAGCGAAGAGUUGCAAGUCUGCGCACUGAUGCCAGAGCACAUGGAGAGCGGUGCCAAAGGUUCCAUCACUUGGCAAUCCAACUGCGCAGAGGAAUUUGGAAUUUAGAUAAAGUAUUUUAAUACAGACUAAGAAAAGACAUUACGGUCUCUAUGCAGAGAGCAACUGGAAGAUAAAUAGUUGUAGUCUAGACUACAUGGUAGCUUCAGGUUUGUCGGUCAGAGAAUAGUGUACAUUAAGCGCACUUCGUUCAUCAGUUUUCCGUGGAGAAAAGAGGGUGCAAUUCUCUAUUUGGAACAUAACUGUCACGUUAUUUCGCUGCCAGUUCGCCUAACCUGCGUUUCAGGAACAUAUCGCUCACCAGACUUUUACGCAUCCUGAUUUCAAUCCAGGUGCUCAUGCUGUUGGUCAACAGACGGUUUUGUGAGACAGCGCAUACGCGUCAACCCACGAGACUUACUUGGUGGACUCAAGUGGACAGCUCUUUCUUCUUAAACUGAUUUACUACAACAGUGCGAAUUGAAAAAACCUCCACGCUCCACGAAGAGAAAACAUUCGGACUGGGGAGCAUUUCGGAAAAGUUACUGGAAAUCGAAGGGGAGGAAACGGGAGCAUCUGACUCGUUCAAGUCCAGGUCUCCGGGCGAUGCGAUUGUAAAUGCCAGGGCAAUGUCCCGUCGUAAGCAGGGGAACCCACAGCACUUAUCCUUGUCGCAGAGGGAGACAAUACGACCAGAGACCAAUCAUGAGGUGGAGGCGGGCCAGCGCUCUCCAGCAGUCUAUGUGCCCAGCCUGGUGGGCGGGGUCAGCGAGCACGACCUGCUGACCUGCGGCCAGUGCCAGACCAACUUCCCGUUGGGCGACAUCCUGCUGUUCAUCGAGCACAAGCGGCGGAUGUGCCGCAGCGGUGGUGGCGGCGGCGUGCCGGACUUCUACGACAAACCAGGCAACCGUGGCAGCCCUUUGCCGCUGCGCAUCCAGCCUGAGGGAGGUUGCCGGCCCGUGGAGGUGGGCAUCCAGGUGACCCCAGAGGAGCAUGAGGGGGAGAGAAGGCUGACGCCCGCCAAAGGCAUCUGCCCCAAGCAGGAGAGCAUCACAACAGGUAAAGAUGAGCCCUCCAGCUAUAUCUGCACUACAUGCAAGCAGACCUUCACCAGCGCCUGGUUCCUGCUUCAGCAUGCCCAGAACACACACGGCAUCCGCAUCUACCUGGACACGCAGUUCACCGGCGGCUCACUGGCGCCGCGCAUGGCGCUGCCGCCGCCACUGGGCGCCGACUCACUGCCCCGCUCGCCGCUGGCCAGCUUCCUGGGCGAUGCUGGCAACCCCAUCCACCUGCUGCGCAUGGCCGCGCCACUCCUACGCGAACCCCCGCCUCCGCUGCCUCCCCCGCCGGGCUACAUGGAGACACGGCUGUCAACCCCGCCCUUCAUGAGUCCCCCGCCCCCACCGCGCCACCACCCGCAUCAGCUGGAGCGCCUGGGCCCGGAGGAGAUGGGCAUGCUGUCGCAGCACCCGAGCGCAUUUGAGCGCGUCAUGCGUCUCGCCCCUAUGGUCAUGGAGCCGCCACCCUCCAUGGACUUCUCGCGGCGGCUGCGCGAGCUCGCCGGCAACAGCAAUGGCAACGGCAACGGGAGUGCCGCGGGCGGAGGGCCCACGCCACCCGUCUCACCCAACCGCGUGCCACCCAUGCACCGGCUCCUCAGCCCAACCCUUUUCCAGCCUGGUGCUGGCAAGACACCACCUUCCUUCCUGGGCGGGCCACCUUCGCAGACCACUAUGCUGACCCAGCAGCAGCAGCAGCAGCAGCAGCAGCAGAUUCGGGGAGGCGGUGCCUCUUCGCCCCUGGGCCUGAGUAACAAGUCAAAGUCGUGCGAGUUCUGUGGCAAGACCUUCAAGUUCCAGAGCAACCUGAUUGUGCACCGGCGCAGCCACACUGGGGAGCGUCCCUACAAGUGCCACCUAUGCGACCACGCCUGCUCCCAGGCCAGCAAGCUCAAGCGCCACAUGAAGACCCACAUGCACAAGACGGGCUCCAUGAGCAGCUCGCCCGAGCACGGUGGCAAGGACGCGUCCAGCGAGCAGCACAAGAGCCGGGACAGCAUGGCUGGAGGGGACAGUGCUGGACAGGAGAAUGAGGAGGAGGAGGAGGAGGAAGAUGAGGAGGAGGAGGAGGAGGAAGAGGAGGAGGAGCCACAGCAGAACGGCGGCCGACCCGAGUCCAACCUCAGCAUGGAUUCGGAGUUCAACCGCAACCGGGAGAAUGGGCCGCGGACAUUGCCUGACAACAAGGCCGCCAUGGCGGCAGAGAGGAUGGCGCAUGGCCCCUACAACAACAACCUCGACAAUCAGCUGAGGCUGCCUCUCCAUGGGCGGCCUCAACGAGACAGGGCCUCUGAGGAAGAUGAGGAAGAGGAAGAGGAGGAGGAAGAGGACCCGGCCGUGAGGGAGAGGAGACGCCCAGAGGAGCAGCACCCUGCCAUCAACGGGCGUGACUGCCGCUCGGAAGACUCCCUCCCGGGCAUUCUGUUCCGUCGCAAGCCCACGCCCAUCUCCAGCCCCGGCUUGUCAGCGUCCAAACGCAUCAAGGUGGAGAAGGAACUGGAGCUGCCGCCCAUGCCUCUCAUCUCUUCGGAGAACGUGUACUCGCAGCUGCUGGCCGGCUAUGCCGCCUCGCGCCACUUCAUCCGCGAGCCCUUCCUGGGCUUCGCCGACUCGCGCCAGUCCCCCUUCGGCACCUCGUCCGAGCACUCCUCCUCAGAGACGGGUAGCCUACGCUUCUCCACGCCGCCAGGCGCCGACAUGCUGGAUGCUGGCGCCCUGUCGGGCCGGAGUGGCGGCAGCGGCAGCAGCACACCUCACCUGCACAUGCGUGGCCCCGGCCCCGGCCGGCCACCCAGCUCCAAGGACCGGCGCAACGACACGUGUGAAUUCUGCGGCAAGAUUUUCAAAAACUGCAGCAACCUGACGGUGCACCGGAGGAGCCACACGGGCGAGAGGCCAUACAAGUGCGACCUGUGCAGCUACGCCUGUGCCCAGAGCAGCAAACUCACGCGCCACAUGAAGACGCACGGCCAGUUUGGCAAGGAGGUGUACCGCUGUGACAUAUGCCACAUGCCCUUCAGCGUCUACAGCACCCUGGAGAAGCACAUGAAGAAGUGGCAUGGCGAACACUUGAUGGCCAGUGAUGUCAAACUAGAGGAAGCCGAUCGGGUGUAGUAGUGGAGAUCCACCCCCACCCUAGACACACACACCCUACACACCAUCACAGGCAAACAGCUCCUUCACCAGACUUUGUUACGGGGCUAACCGGAUCUUUGUUUGUUUGUUUGUUUGUUUUGGUUUUUGUUCUUUCCUGACUUGAGACUUUUGGAAUGACGUUUUCUUUUUUGUUUGUUUGGUUGGUUUAUUUCUUGUUUCAGAAAAAAAAAAUGCCACCUGAGAAAAAAAAAUAGGAACUGGAAGUUUCCUGUUUUAAAGUCUUUAAAAACAAGAGUGAGACAUAAAGCCCUGUUUGGCAUCUCCCAACAGCAAAGGAUUUUAGUUAUGUAGGAAUCCAUGGAGCCUUUCUACUGUGCAAUAAUAUCCGUAUUUAUUGGGUUUUUGUAAUGAAACAAGGCAUGUGCAGGUACAUUAUUGAGGCGUAUUAAUACUUUCUCAUGGAGAUAGUUUUGAAAUAUGCUGGACUUCUUUGACAAAAAACAAAAACCCAGGCUACAAUAAUGAGACAUAUACUGAGAUGUUGGCAUAGGGCCACUUUGCUUUUGAAUUCACCAGUUGCAUUUUAUUUUGGGCCGGAAGUGGUUAUUUACCCAGUAGAAUAAUUUCCUAGGAAGAGAUCAACUUCUAAAAAAAAUUAAAAACAAUCCAAGAUACCCGUUUUGUUUUUUCAUACGCAAGGAUAUAAGCUUACUACAAUCCCUUUCUUAUUAUGAUUUCAUCAGGUAAAAGGCACUGAAUGUCAGCUUGACAAUAAAGAGAAAUGAACAAAAUGAGAGGAUUUUGAAAAAAUCCCUCAGCAUCGAAGGCAGCUGAAAGGUAGUUAGACUGCCCUGUGAUUGGAAAUAAAAACAAUGACCCCUCUAACCCAAUCAUUCACACAAGCAUGGGCGUAUGCAGUGGAUGAUGAUCUCUGAAUAUAGCUAGAACCUCUGGAAUAUCAAGAAGAGCUCAUUUGUUUUGUGAAGAAAAAAAAAAUCAGCGAGAUCCCUCUGGAUUUUCUUUGGGGGGUGGAGAGGGG